AUGUCUAAUAAUCAUUUUAACUUCAUCUCUCGCGCCAAAUUUGAUGAAUUGGUGGAAAACUAUUUGAAUAGUAUAUCACCCGAUCGUCGCGCAAAAGCCAUCAUGACUCAAGAAAUUGUAAGCCAAGCGAUCGCAAUUCUUAGCGGCUCAGAUACAACUGCAAAUCCGAGAUACAAACACUGG